AUGGCGCUUCAAUACCUCGCGACCAGCCAGGGCUGGCUAUCCUUCAACCACAGCACCCCCACACUCUACGUAACGGCUGAGGACGAAGAUUUCGAUGUGGAAACCUUACGUGCAUGGCGCGACGAAGGGUUCAAUGUCAAGUAUAUCCCCAUGGGCAAAGGCGGAAAGACGUAUGUCAACACACUGCAUCAUCUGGGCGACGGCAUGGGCAUCGGUGAGCGCUAUGCGAUCGUAGCGUUCGGUGACGCAGCCGCAAUCUGUCUCGAUGUAUACUCCGAGCCUAAGACAAGCACUUCCAAACUGUGCUCGCUGAUCGCUUACUACCCGAGCUCCAUACCCGAUCCGAGACACCGCCUAUCAUCGUCCUUUCGGGUCCUGGUCCAUCUUGCUCAAGGGACAGGAGAGGGUGAAUCUACUGUUGGAGUUACGCGAAGGCCGGAAGUGCUGGGUAUACAGGGAAAGCGGAGGACAGUGCAGAAGCGAAUCACGCCAGGAAUAGGGACCGGCGGUUUGCAGAGCAGAAUCGAGUACCCAGUGUACACAUAUGAAGGCGUGGAUGCGGGGUUCGCCGAGCACGAUCUUGACGAGUACGACGGCGUGGCUGAUGCACUAGCAUGGAGCCGAAGCCUUAGUAUGGUACGACGAGGCUUCGGUGCUGAAGUUGACCUGGAACGAGUAUGGGAGGAUAAUGAGGAACAGAAGUUCCACAAAAGGAGUGCUAAGAAAAUCAUGGAAACUUACACCACCGAGCCUACACCCUCCGUAAACUACACCCCCACCCUGACCGGCGGCCUUGGGCGAGAAGAGAUAUCCCGCUUCUACAACGAAUACUUCAUGGCCGAUAAAUCACCUGUUUUCCACUUGCGCUUGAUCUCUCGAACCAUUGGCGUAGAUCGCAUCGUCGAUGAACUCUACAUCCAAUUCAAGCACACUAUACACAUGCCGUGGGUUCUCCCUUCUGUAAAGCCCACGGGUAAGAAAGUAGAGAUUGUGGUUGUGAGCGUUGUCGGGAUGAGAGGAGGCAAGGUGUGGAGCGAGAGGAUCUACUGGGAUCAGGCGAGCGUGCUGUUUCAGGUAGGGUUACUGGAUCCCGAUCAGGUGCCAGAAGACGCGAGAAGGGAAGGGCUGGAAAUGCUGCCCGUUGCGGGCAGUGAGGCUGCCAGGAAGAUCAUGGACUUUGAGAGCGAGGAUACGAAUGACAUGAUUGACGACUGGUGA